AUGCCCGCAAAAUCGCGAUUCACAAGGCUAGACGCCUUCGCCAAGACCGUUGAAGAUGCCCGCAUUCGCACGAACUCCGGAGGUGUCAUCACAAUCGCCUCGCUGCUGAUUGUUAUGUGGCUGGUAUGGGGCGAAUGGGCAGAAUACCGACGAGUUGUGGUGCUUCCCGAACUCGUCGUCGACAAAUCGCGAGGAGAGAGAAUGGAGAUACAUUUGAACAUGACAUUCCCUCGUUUGCCUUGUGAGCUUUUGACCUUGGAUGUCAUGGAUGUCUCUGGCGAGCAACAAGUUGGCGUCGCACAUGGUGUGAACAAGGUCCGCCUGAGCCCCCGUGCGGAAGGAGGCAAGGUCAUUGAUGUCCAAGCGUUGGACUUGCACUCUCCAGCAGACGCUGCUAAGCACCUAGCUCCGGACUACUGUGGUGAAUGUGGUGGCGCCCAGCCCCCGCCAACCGUGAUCAAGCCCGGAUGCUGUACUACCUGCGAUGAAGUGCGCGAAGCCUACGCCGAGAAGCAAUGGGCCUUCGGCGACGGCAGCAACAUCGAGCAGUGUAAGCGUGAAGGCUACGCAGAGAAGCUCGCCGAACAGCGUCGCGAGGGAUGCCGGAUCGAGGGUGUACUCCGCGUGAAUAAGGUGGUGGGUAACUUCCACAUUGCGCCAGGACGUAGUUUCACAACCGGCAACAUGCAUGUCCACGAUCUGGACGCCUAUAUAUCUCCGAACGCAGCCCCAGCAGACCAACACACAAUGUCUCAUCUCAUUCACGAGCUUCGCUUCGGCCCACAGCUCCCUGCUGAGCUCGCGGACCGCUGGCAGUGGACCGACCACCACCACACCAACCCUCUCGACGAUACUAAGCAGGAGACCGAGGAGCCCGCGUACAACUUCAUGUACUUCGUGAAGGUUGUCUCGACUUCAUACCUGCCGUUAGGUUGGGAUCCUCUCUUUUCGUCCUCUAUCCACAGCGCUUAUGACAAGGCCCCUCUUGGUUCCCAUGGCCUCGCCUACGGCUCCCAGGGAAGUAUCGAGGCGCACCAAUACUCAGUUACCUCGCAUAAGCGCCCUCUUUCCGGUGGCAACGAUGCCGCCGAAGGCCACAAGGAGCGUGUACACGCUGGGGGCGGUAUUCCAGGUGUCUUCUUCAACUACGAUAUCUCUCCUAUGAAGGUUGUCAACCGCGAAGCUCGCCCCAAGUCUUUCACAAACUUCCUCACUGGUGUUUGUGCAAUUAUCGGUGGUACCUUGACCGUUGCUGCUGCCUUGGAUCGCGGUCUCUACGAAGGCGCUAUGCGCGUCAAGAAGUUGCACUCCAACUAA